UACUCCACGAUUCCAAUGUCAUCAUCUACAACAGUAAAAUCCAAAUUACAAAGCAAAAAGAAGCCUGAAUCGAAACUGCAGUACUGUUGAUGAAUCUAAGUUGUCUUCAACCUUUGUCUAAACCACCCGAUCAUCUGCUCCCCCUUACUUCAACAUUUCCAGGUUCUUUUCACUUCCUCCGAAACAAGCCGGCAUCAAUUCCAAGCAAUUCAAGCAGAGACUGCAGGAGUUACAAAGGCGUAAACUUUAAUAUCAGGAAGACGGGGAUUGUGUGUAGGUGGUUGUUUCCAGUGGAUCCAUGGGCACCAAACAUCGACUCAAAAAGCAUUGCCUCUCAACUGUUUGCAGUUUCUUUGUUUCCGUACAUUGGGUUCUUGAACUUCAUAACCAAGUCUAAGUCUGCUACCAAGCUCACCCUUUUUGGAUUCUACUUCUUGCUUGCCUUUGUGGGUGCCACCAUCCCAGCUGGAAUAUACGCGAAGGUGAAAUAUGGUACUUCGCUAUCUAAUGUGGACUGGUUACAUGGAGGGGCUGAAUCACUUCUCACAAUAACAACCUUAUUCAUCGUCUUGGGGUUGAGACAAGCUGUUCGGAAGUCCGAGGUUGCAAAAGAAAGCACAUCGAGCUCCGUUCCGGACAUGAAACAGAAGAAACCUUAAAUGUAUAUGAACCCGGUAAUCACCGGUGAAGGAACGAGUUCUCAGUUCAGUCGGUCAAGCGUAGAGGCAAGCAAUGUUGUAUCUACUAAAGGGAUCAUUGGAAUGUAGAUUCUUUUGCUAUGUAUAUGUGAAUUUUUUUACCGAAUCCGAGAUCUGUAAACUUUCACGGUAUGUUGAUACCGACAAUCUAUUUGGAUUAUAUGUAAAUGGCCAUUGCUACUCAG